GAGUAUGGGUGGUACUAUGCUGCAAAAGAAUGUAUUACUUGGAAGCUCCAUCUGGAACAGUGAGCGCACAUUCAAGUGGCACUAAGAAACGAAAAUGGAAAAAAAAGAUGUUGAGCAAUCGCAACAA